AUGUUCUGGCUCUGGUUUUAUCUUCCUCUCCAUCUUCUCAUGGCAACUUGUUUGUGCCAUUCUAUAAAAGCACCCACCACCAGCUCCCAACAGAGCUUCAAGAGCAAUCUCUUCAAUUUCUACCACUCCCUGAUACUUGCAGAUGGUAAGGAAACUACAGUUCACCUGCUGAAGGACAUACCCAAAAGGUACUACUUUGUUUUGGAAGAGGGCAGGGCCCUUGCCCCUUUCUCAAUAACAGUGACACCCUGUGACGUUCCCAUUGAGUGGAGCAUACUUGUGUACAAGUCUCCACCAGGAAAAGCAGCACCAGGUGACCACGAUACACAACAGGUCUCCAAAUCUCACAAGGCUUCAAGCAUUGUGUCCAUUAUCUUCAACUACAAGGGAAAUUCCGUAGAGACUUACAUGGGAAUGUCUUCCCAUUCUGCCCUUUACCUGCUCGAGUUCUUAUCCACGGAGAGGGACACACACAUUACAGUGUACCUAACAACUGACACCACCUCUGGGCACCUCUACCCAGAGCUGCCAGCGGAUCCGCGCAUUGAUGUCAUCGGCAUCGGCCACACAACGGUGACUCUGGCCUGGAAACACAGCCCUUCUGUCUUGCAGCACAGGGAGAGCAUCCAGUACUGUCUCCUAGUUAAUGAAAAGCACAACUACAAGAGCUUGUGUGCUGCUGAGACAGCCAUCAGAUCUUCUGGAAUGAAGCUGCCACCCACCUUAGCUCUGUCCCUGUCUCCGUACCUUCUGGAGCCACAGCAGGUGAUGAUAUUGUCCAACAGCGAACUGAGCAUCAUCAACAAAGUCAGCAGUGGGGAAGUCAGGCAGGUGUGCGUGGGCACCAAGAACACUUACACAGUGCCCAACCUCAGCCCCAGCACUCAGUAUUACUUUGAUGUUUUUAUUGUCAAUCUCCUCACAAACGCCAGCGCUGCAUACACCGGGACAUUCGCCAGGACCCUGGAAGAACCUGAGCCCAAGGUGACAGAGCUGAAAGAUGGCAAAGUGAUUCAUGUGGUCCUGGAUGGGAAAAAGCAGAAACUCUACAGUCUGCAGUACCAGGCGAGGCACAAGAAAAUCCACUUCACCUUCCAGCUGUGUCGGGGUCAAAUACAGGUUCACAUAACAAGAAAUGGGAAAACAGUAGCAUCAGAAAAUCUGUCUGGGCUGAGGUAUUUCUCCCUGAAGGGAAAGCUGCUGGACACCUACUCAGUGCAGCUGAGGUCCACAGAGGAAUCUAACUCUUCUGUGAAGCUACUGGCAUCCCCCCAUUUCCACAAGCCCUUAUUCCCACUUCUUCCAGAGAGCUUAAAAAUCAAAUCAUUCAGUAAACUGAGAACAUGCAGGUCUGUGACCAUUGCCUGGCUGGGAACACAAGAGGAGAGCAAGUACUGUGUGUACAGAAAAAGGAUUGAGGAGGAUCAGAUCUGGAGGGAGCUGCAGAGUGCAGACAGCUGCUCUGGGCCUGAAUCUCGGCACAAAUCAGAGAAAGUGCUGUGCAAGUACUUCUAUGACCUAAACCUCCAGCGAGCUGUCACCACAGAAACCAUCAAAGGGCUGGAGGCAGGGACACUCUACUUGUUUGAUGUUUAUCUCUUUGGGCCGUCUGGCAUCCCUGUCAGAUAUCACAGCAAAGUUGUGAAGACCAGGAAAAAAUGUUGAAGGUUUUGAAUGAAAAUUUAAAGUGAGUGAAUGCAGGUAGUAUCGAAAUCUACAUCAAGUCAAAGCCCCUGCAGUUUCAACUAUGCUGACAAACAAAAAAUUUAAAGCUGUAAGAUUCUACAGCAAAACACAUCUUAGAUGAUUACACAUGUUCCUUUCUGUGUAAGGUGGGGUGCAUUUUUUCUUUCCUUGUCUCAUUCAAAUAUUAAAAACAGAGUUGUGAAACAAACUCAUACCCAUAGAAAGAAAAUAGCCCAAGAGUACCCAUGAGAAAUAGACUGGUUACCUAAAAUAUUUCUGAAAUCCAGCACAGAAGUGAUGGGGAAAUGCCUCACAUGAAGCACACAAUUUCUGAAGUCCCAGAGAGUUUUCCACUUUCUGUAACUCAUGCAGCUAAUGAGGAACUGAGACCUCACAAAUCAGACUGCUCUUGAGAAACAGAUUCCUCACUGUUUGAACAAGGAAGGAAACAAAAAGAAAUUGAAAAAGCAGUGGAACUGAUGUAUAGCUCCACACAUUGAGUAAAGCGGGCUGAACUUCAUCUUCCCCUAUUACCUGCAUGCUUGCUUGGUUUCAUUCCUACAGAGAAAUUGUGCUUGGUUAGAAACAGACAAAAUUCAGGCCAGGAACUGGCUCUGGAUCUGGCUUUUCUCAGGAGUGUACAAAUACACUGCUGUGCUACUGCCCACAGAGGAAAGCAGCAAUUGAAGAAUCUUGCCAUGGAAAGAUUUAUCAUCUAUAGCCUCUGGUAUCAAGCCCACGUCUAUGACUCUGUGAUUCCUGAUUGUAAUAUACUCAUUCUUUGCAUCCUUAAGCCAGCCUAUAUCAAUGAAUGCAUUGCUUUGAGAAAAAUUCAAUGUGGUUUUCCUACUAAAUAUCAUG